AUGUGGCACCACUGGGAUGCCUUGAUUGGUGAGCACAAGGAGGUGGCAAAUUCUGGAGCAGAAAAUGAGUUCCGGGGUGAGCUGCUGAGCCAGAGGUGGACCCACAGCGACAAGACCAGCAGCUGCAGGACCUCAGAGAGCCUCCUGGGCAGACACCACAAGAUGAGCCUAGAGAAUGAGGACAAGCGGGCACGCACGCGAUCCAAGGCUGGCCGAGCACCGCCAGAGACCACAGGCACAGACCUCAGCUGCCCCACCCCGGGCUGCACGGGUUCUGGACACGUCCGGGGAAAGUACUCCAGGCACCGGAGCCUACAGAGCUGCCCCCUGGCCAAGAAGCGGAGGCUAGGGGGCGCCGAGGCUGAGCACCUGGCUGCCAAGCGGAAGCCGCAGCCCCUGAAGCUGGCUCUGGACGAGGGUUACGGCGUGGACAGUGACAGCAGUGAGGACGCCGAGGUGAAGGACGCCUCUGUCUCGGAUGAGUCGGAAGGAACUCUGGAGGGGGACGAGGCUAAGAUGUCCGGGCAGGAGGGGACGCAGCGCCCCGAGCCAGCUGAAGGAAGGAGCCCAGCCACAUUGCACUUUGGAGCCAGUCCCAUCAGCAGCCCAGCUGGUCCCUCCAAGGGCAACUACAGCAGCUACCAGGAGACCAUUGCCACAUCCCUCCUCAACCUGGGCCAGAUUGCUGAGGAGACCCUGGCUGCAGAGGACUUGGGCCAGGGGGCCAAGCCAGGCCCUGGCAUCAUGCACCUGCUCCAGGAGGAGGCUGGGGAGGGGGCCUCGAGCGAUGAAGGUGAAAAAGACGUCUUCAUCCAGCCCGAGGAUGCUGAGGAGGUAGUGGAGGCGACUGGUGAGCAGCCUCGGGAGCUGGGCCCCACGUCCCUGGGGGGCAUGGCCAGCGAGGAGUCCGGUAGGCGGAAAGGCACCCUGGGCCUUGGGGAGGACAAGGAUGAGGACGAGGAGGAGGAGGAAGAAGAGGAGGAAGAGGAGGAAGAGGAGGAAGAUGACGAGGAGGACGAGGAGGCAACUUCUCACGUCAUCUGUGAGAACACGCCCCGCACCUCCACCCAGAAGGCCCCUGAACCCCCACGCCCUGAGCCCGAGUACUCAGUCAUUGUGGAGGUGCGCUCCGAUGAUGACAAGGAUGAGGACGCACACUCCCAGAAGUCGGCUGUCACAGAUGAGUCCGAGAUGUACGACAUGAUGACCCGAGGGAACCUCGGCCUUCUGGAGCAGGCCAUUGCCCUGAAGGCCGAGCAGGUGCGCGUGGCCCGGGUCCCAGCUGAGCAGGGCCCAAGCGAGGGGCAGGCAGGGAAGCCCCUGGAUGCUGUUCGCAAGAGCUACUACAGUAAAGAUCCUUCACGAACUGAAAAGCGUGAGAUCAAGUGCCCAACUCCAGGCUGUGAUGGCACGGGCCAUGUCACCGGCUUGUACCCACACCACCGCAGCCUGUCUGGCUGCCCCCACAAAGACAGGAUCCCUCCGGAGAUCCUGGCCAUGCACGAGAAUGUGCUAAAGUGCCCCACCCCCGGCUGCACGGGACAGGGCCACGUGAACAGCAACCGUAACACCCACAGAAGUUUGUCUGGGUGUCCUAUUGCUGCGGCCGAAAAGUUAGCCAAAUCUCACGAGAAGCAACAGCCGCAGACAGGAGACCUUUCCAAGACUGGCUCCAAUUCUGAUCGGAUCCUCAGGCCCAUGUGCUUUGUGAAGCAGCCUGAGGUCCUUCCAUAUGGGAGCUACAGGCCCAGCGCGGCUCCCACCACACCCAGGGCCAACCUGGCCAAGGAGCUGGAGAAGUUUUCCAAGGUCACCUUUGACUACGCAAGCUUCGAUGCUCAGGUUUUUGGCAAACGCAUGCUUGCCCCAAAGAUUCAGACCAGCGAAACCUCACCAAAAGCCUUUAAAUGCUUCGACUACUCGCACGAUGCUGACGCUGCCCACAUGGCUGCCACCGCCAUCCUAAACCUCUCCACACGCUGCUGGGAAAUGCCUGAGAACCUCAGCACCAAGCCACAGGACCCCCCCAGCAAGCCCGUGGACAUUGAGGUGGAUGAGAACGGGACCCUGGACCUGAGCAUGCACAGGCACCGCCGGCGAGACAGUGCUCCCCCUGGUGGCAGCAGCUGCAGCAGCAGCCCUGGCGUGAAGUCGCCUGACGUGGCCCCGCGCCAGGGCAGCGCAAGCACCACCAGCAGCUCCAUGACCUCGCCCCAGUCCAGCCAGGCCUCCCGCCAGGAUGAGUGGGACGGGCCCCUGGACUACACCAAGCCCAGCCGCCAGCGUGAGGAGGAGCUCGAGGAGUCGGAGCCAGCAGCUCAUUCUUUCGCUUCUUCUGAAGCAGAUGACCAGGAAGUGUUGGAAGAGAGUUUUGAGGAGCGGAAAUAUCCAGGGGAAGUCACCCUAACCAACUUUAAGCUGAAGUUUCUCUCCAAGGACAUAAAGAAAGAGCUGCUCACCUGUCCCACCCCUGGCUGUGAUGGCAGCGGCCACAUCACUGGAAACUAUGCCUCCCACCGCAGCCUUUCUGGUUGCCCUCUUGCUGACAAGAGCCUCAGAAACCUCAUGGCUGCCCACUCUGCUGACCUCAAGUGCCCCACACCCGGCUGCGAUGGCUCUGGCCACAUCACAGGAAAUUACGCCUCACACCGGAGCCUGUCGGGCUGCCCUCGAGCCAAGAAAAGUGGCAUCAAGAUCACACCCACCAAGGACGACAAGGAGGACCCCGAGCUGAUGAAGUGCCCGGUUCCUGGCUGUGUGGGGCUUGGCCACAUCAGUGGCAAGUAUGCCUCACACAGGAGUGCAUCCGGCUGCCCGCUAGCCGCCCGCAGGCAGAAAGAGGGGUCCCUCAAUGGCUCAUCAUUUUCAUGGAAGUCGCUGAAGAACGAGGGGCCCACGUGCCCCACGCCUGGCUGUGAUGGCUCUGGCCAUGCCAACGGAAGCUUCCUUACCCACCGGAGCUUGUCUGGCUGUCCCAGAGCAACUUUUGCUGGAAAGAAGGGAAAACUCUCAGGGGACGAGGUGCUCAGCACCAAAUUCAAGACAAGUGACGUGCUGGAGAACGACGAGGGAAUCAAGCAGCUGAACAAAGAGAUCCAUGACCUCAGUGAGUCCAACUCGGAGAUGGAGGCCGCCAUGGUCAAGCUGCAGUCCCAGAUCUCCUCCAUGGAAAGGAACCUCAAGAACAUCGAGGAGGAGAACAAGCUCAUUGAGGAGCAGAACGAGGCGCUGUUCCUGGAGCUGUCUGGCCUGAGUCAGGCCCUCAUCCGAAGUCUCGCCAACAUCCGCCUCCCGCACAUGGAGCCAAUCUGCGAGCAGAACUUCGACGCAUACGUGAGCACCCUCACCGACAUGUACAGCGACCAGGACUGCUACCGGAACCCCGAGAACAAGGCCCUGCUGGAGAGCAUCAAGCAGGCCGUGCGGGGCAUCCAGGUCUAG